UCUUAAACUUUUUCCACUCAGGAUCCCUUCAGUGCUUCUUAAACUGUGAGGGCUCUGGUUUAAGAAGUGCUGAUACAAGUGGGAUUUUAAAUCAGUUCUUUUUCACUCCUAGCCCAUCAUUUUAUUAUCUACCCCAGAUUACCUCUACUGCCAGUAUCUAGUAGACAUUUAAUGUUUAUCGAAUUAAAUUCUAAUUUCUGCUAAAUGCUACAUAUCUCUAUCUUUCCCACUAUGCUUUACAUUCCUUGAGGACAGGGAUAGAGUCUUAUUUAUCUUAUUCAUUCCAGCUGGUCCAUCUAUGUGGGCUUUGAGCCGUGGUGUCAGGGUAUCUAGAGUAAUAAAGGUCCAGAUCUGCAGAAAUUAUCAGCCCAUUUAGAUUUGUACCAAAUGUUAAUAUUUCCAUAUACACACUGGCAGCCAUAUGAGAAGGUAACAUAGUUUGCAAAACCCAUGGACUUUCAUUUUCAAUUAUGAGGAAAAAAGAAAGUGUAAGUCUUUCAGUGCCUCAUGGUAUGCUCUGUACCUUUUAGGAGCUCGAGAAAUGAAUGGACAUGCUACUCUGGGACAUUUCCCAGAAUGCAAACAGGACAACAGUACACAAAAUGGGUUUAAAUUGUAUCUCAUGAAAGGUAUAUCCCAGGAAAAAUAAUAUGGAGAUAUUGAGAUGGCUUAUCAAGGAAGGGCAUGGAAUAUAAUUCCUUAUAGAACUAUAAGCAUAUUGAUAAUAUCCAUUUGCAUGAAAUGGGUUGGGUUCAGCUCAUCCUGGAGGUAGGGGAUGUACUAGGUGACCCCUAGAAAGCCCUUUUAACCUCAGGAGUCUGUGGCCCUAAGCUUUAAGCAGCUGGUUUCAUUCAGAAUUUAGGGAAGGCCCACCAGUAUCAAUGCUGCUGUGUGCAAGGGCCUGAUAAACUUGGGCACCAAAAAAAUCUGGUUCUCUUCACUCUUGGCCCCUUUGUUCUUCAUCCUAGAUAGAAUAGGCAGGAAGUAGAAUGGAGUGUCACCAUGGUAACCAGGCCAAUCAGUGACCAUACAUUGGAGAGAGAAGGUUCCCACUAGUGUGUGGGGUGCUACAGUACUGACUUUGGGUGGAGAGCAAAGCCACAAGAGAUAGCAUGGGUCAGUGUGUAAGGCACCCCAUGAGCUGGGAGGAAUUGGAAGAAUAUCAGGCGCUGACCUUUCUGACCAGGAAUGAGAUCUUAUGCAUUCAUGACACCUUCUGCAAGCUGUGUCCCAGGGGCAAAUACUACAAGGAGGCCACCCUGACCAUGGAUCAAAUCAGCUCUUUGCCAGCCUUGCGGGUUAACCCCUUCAGAGACAGAAUCUGCAGAGUGUUCUCCCAUGAUGAUGUCUUCUCAUUUGAAGAUGUUUUGGGAAUGGCUUCUGUAUUCAGUGCCCAGGCCUGCCCCAGCUUGAAGAUUGAGUAUGCCUUCCGCAUCUAUGCAGAUAUUAAUGAGAAUGGCUUCAUUGAUGAGGAUGACCUCAAAUGCAUCAUCCAGAGACUGCUAAACACUACUAAUGUGGGUGACGAGUUGCUAAAUAAUCUGACUAAACAUAUAUUGGGAGAAUCAGACAUGGACAAUGACCACAUGCUAUCUUUCUCAGAGUUUGAACAUGCCAUGUCCAAAUCCCCAGAUUUCAUGAAUUCCUUUCGGAUUAAUUGCUGGGACCUCUGACAGUGAAGCUGCCUUGCUGAGAACAACCUAGCCAAAUGGUCUUCUGGCUGUUACAUGGGAGAGCUCUAGAAUCCUGUUCAUUCCCUCUGAUCUCCAGAUGUUAAGGGUGGGAUAUGGUUACAUGUGUAUCUCUGCUUUAUUUAAGAGAAUAAAGUUAUA